UGUUGUAGACGAAGAAAAAUAUGGAUCCUGUAAUAAGUUGCAAAGAUAAUAAGUUGCAAAGUUGAUGGAAUUAGUGCUUUUGAAGCUAAAAGAUGCACGCGUCCUUUCUGCCGGAGUCUUAGCACACUCAAAACGCGUUUUUCACUAGGUGACGGGCUUGUGAAAAGAAAAACGUUCACAAGCGAUUUUGCGCGGACAGUGUAGAAAACAAGUAGUGUUUCGGAAAUUUGCUCGUUUGCUGAAUUAAUUCAACUCAAGAAUCAACCAGCGAAAGAGUUGUACCAACCUUCCAGUAAAGAUGAAUGUCUCCGAACCAACAUCCCCGCAUAGUCACAAUUGCAGCAGCCUCCUCGUACUGACGAACGAGAAGGAAACUGAUUUAACUUUACUUCAUCUUGAGAAGUUGUUUAACGAGUUUAUCAGUUCAAAAUCACAUAUGACUGAAUCUGAACAAGCUACGAGAUUGUAUCAUAUGGUGCCUCUUUACUGCAACAUCUUCAAACCGAGAAAUCCUGUUUCCGAAGAAAACGAUCGUAAGGCGGCGGGCGCCUCCACACGAACUGUAUCAUGGGAGUUUAACAGCGCAUUCUGCUAUCACAUAUCCUAUUUACUAGCCAAAGAAAUUAAGCAUAGAGCAUCGAAUCAAAGUACAGAGGGUGCAUCAAAAUCCAUAGCAACCUACCUACAAUUUCAAGACGCUGAGGCCCAAAAUGAAGCAUGCAAUGGAUGGAUGCUAUUAACGGUCAUCAACAUCAUGAUAGCUACAGAUGAUAGUUUUUCAUUACAGAAGAUAAUGAUUAAUGCGUCGAUACCCUCAACGUUGGUAAGAUGCAUAUAUCUGUUUUUGGACCUCCCUGAGGAAGAAAAGGAGUUUAACACCUCGCGAGCAAGUUUACAGAAUUCAGAAGUGCAUGGCGGCAGUUGUUUUCUAUUGUACAACACAUUAUCUCAGAUAUUAAAUAAACUUUGUAGCCUUCCACCGGCGGUUGAAGAAUUGAUUGUAAUGGAUGAUUUAACAUUACUGUUUUCUACUGUGACCACACAAUUUGCACCUUGUAAUACCAAAUGGAGAGCACUAGCUCGUGAAAUCCUUUUUAUCAUUGCAGACCAUGGCUUGAGUAAUACAAUUGUCAGCUAUCUACAUGGAAAAGGAUGUAUCGCACUUUGUUUAGACAAUAUGAGACGUUCGUCAGUUUUCAAACCCUUGGAUACAGUUGAAAUGUUGCUUUCAAUAUCUGCCUUUCUACAAAAGUCAUCAUGUUUGUCGCAGAUAUUAUUAGACGACUUCAAGCUAAGCCAAGGCUAUCAAUUUUUAAUUGAAUUCUUGCUAAAAGUUGAUCAAGAGUUGGAGAAAAGUGAUGUAGAGGAAAAUAAUGAACUCGAAAAUGUUCUUCGCAAGACAAUAUCAAUGAUUGUAUCACUUUGCACCACUGGAUUUUCUCAAACUCAUGCAUUACUCGCAUAUCCUGAUCAAAAGCAAAAGCAUGUUCUGAUAGCAAAAUGCCAACUACAAGAAAUUCGUGUGCCUCAUAUUUCAGCAAAAGGAACUUGUGUGCGCAAUUUAAAUGCAUUCCAGGUCCUACAAACAGUAUUCCUACGCUCGUCCAAUGCAUUGUUAUGUUGUAGAAUUUUAGAAGCAAUAGUGGAAAUUUAUCGAAUGGAUAAUGCGAAUUAUUUUGUCCUCGAAUCCUUAAAUACUCUUUGUGUAUUUGCUGAAAAAAUUCAUCAAAAACCAGAAAUGAUCCAGUCAUCAUUUUUCGACCUUGUUGAGUUUAUUGCAAUCCAACUAAAUUUCGUGCCACGAAAAGAGCUAAUUGCGCUUUCGGUUAUUUUGAAAUCGAAUUAUGUGUUGGAAACAAGCGUCAGAUGCACUCGAUCACUAGUACAUUUAUUAAGGAUCAAUAACGGAUUUGUCGAUGUUUACCGUGAGGUCGGAAUACUUGAAGUGUUCGUCACAUGUAUGAAGCGAUACAAAGAAUAUUUGUGUAUUCAGAUGGAUGCAAUGGUUAGUGAAAUGGGAGUAAACCAUGAAAAAGUGACACCGUCUACUUCAAAUGCUUCAGAUUCCUUGGGAAGGCUUGUUUUAGAAGGACUUGGCAUGCUGCUUUGUGGAAGUUCAACUAAUACUGCUAUUUUCAAAAACUGCGGUGGUAAUAAAUGCAUCUACGAAAUGAUGAAAUAUGAUCAUUAUAGCCCUGAAAUGCUAAAAAUCGUAAAAGAACUAAUUUCAUCAGUUGGCGGUGAGGAUGAUAUGUUGAAUUUGCUUAAAAAUAUGAAUUUAAAAGCAGACCGUGCGCAAAAUUCGACUUCAAUCAGAAUGAACGUAUUACAAUUUCUUAUUGAAUGUCUCAGGGAAAGUCAUCGCUCGAGGGCCUUCUUUAGGAAGGUUGGGGGAUUUGUAUACGUUGUGAAUGUUUUGGAGUCUCUGAAGGGCCAAUUCACAAACAUUCAUCUGAACAAUGAGUUAUUGCAAAAUAAUGUGUGGUUAUUUCGAGUCGUUUGCAAAACUCUAAGUGCGGCCAUGCGAUUUGAGCCAGCUAAUGCAAAAUACUUUCAAACCGAGAUAGCCAACACUUUGUUCUAUCAAGCUAUUCGAGAACUUGGUUGUUUUUCGGAUGCAGAAAUCAUUCAACCUUAUACACACAGCGACACUGAUCGUAUCAAUGAAAUCAGCAUUGACGAACAAAAAAUGAAAUUAUUCAAAACUGUCUUCCAUAUGAGUUUUGAUACUACAGAUAAAUGGAACAUGUGUUUUAAUGACAGUAUACCAUGGAGUUUGAAUGCAGUUUGUAUAAUCUAUCGUGUCCUGUAUGAUAUUGUGCUAGAUAUAUUCGAUAAGCAAGAGACAUGCGAUUUAAUACAAUCAUCUCAAUGCAUUUCUACUAAACCAUUGACAAAAGGCGAUCAUUCUGUUCCAAGCAUAAAAUCUGCAGACCCCAAAACGCCUACGUCUACCGUAUCUACGUGUGCAUCAGAUUAUCUAAUCGUACAUCCAUGCAUUAUCGUAUGCAUGUUAAAGCUGCUUCCUUCGGUGGCUGAUACGAGUUUGGAAAAACACACUACUGACACAAAACCAUCAGUGAAUUCCUGCACUAUGACACUGCAAUAUUUUUUGGCGGAAGUGAUCAAAUCUUUGGUUCGAAAUGAAAGGAACCAGCAAAUUUUGUGUGACAGUGGAUUAAACUACCUUAUCUUACAUAUUUGUAAGGAAGCUUUUAUUGAUGAACUACAUCCACUCCACAUUCCUUUACAGCAUAUUUUCGAACGUUUAGCUGUGCAGGCGUUAAAACCGCAAGAAUUACGAUCGUUUCUUCGUCUAACUCUAACGAAUCGAAAUGACGAAUCAAAAACGAAUGAAUUGUCGUCACGGAGAAAUGGAUAUCCUCCAGUUCCUUUAACCAGAGUGAAAACACUAGUAUCAAUAGCGACACCGCGUGAUUUCCGAGCGCAUGGUUCAGUCACCUUACCUUCUUUCAUAGAAAUGGAUAUGUCUACUGAGGGAUUUGGAUGUUUAUUCUUUCCAAAUAUUGCCCCAAAUCAAUUGAAUCACAUGUAUAGCUCCACAACCCAAAGAUAUGCGACAGCUUCGAAAACAGCAGGUACUUUAACUGGCGAAGGAAUAUGUCCAAAGAGUAGCGGAGACGAUACGGCAAUCAACAAUCUAUGGCUACCAACUGGAAUAUAUAGCACUGGAAGUACAAGUAACAGUACUAUUCAUGCUCAAGAAUGUGGCAGUGUCGGUGGUAUUGGUACCGGUGAUAGGGUUUUCCCUGCAACCACUGGAUUUACAUUUAGCACAUGGUUUUGCAUUGAGUCUGUUCCCAAUGUGCAAACUGAUAACCAUCCCAUAAGACUGUUGCACAUAAUCCGCACCAACGAUACUAUCAUUGAUGAUGCAGUAGUGUUAUUCGGUCUGCUUAUGAUUCCAAACGACAAAUCACUCUUGAUUACUACAGAGCAGAUGGCAUUCAGUACAGCUCAUUAUAACAGUUUCAAGGAAGGUUGUUAUGCGCGUAUUUGGUGUACUACAUUCAUCGAGGAAUGCCAGUGGCAUCAUAUAGGGUUAACGCUGAACAAAAAUAUUCCAAAAAUGUCAACUCUUGCCAUUUAUAUUGAUGGAAGACUUGUACACACUCAAAACAUUCAUUCAAUUCAGAAUGGACUGCACAGCAACGACAACAACUUAGGAAGUUCUGUUCAUGCCAUUAUUGGAACGCCUCCUAUAUGGCGAAAAUAUUCGACACUUGUAUGGAAACAGGGUGUUUGCCAUCUCGUCGAUGAGGUGUUGGAUGCAUCGAUUAUGAACCGGGUUUACACCUUAGGUCCACAUUAUACUGGUUCGUUCCAGGAUGUCCGGUUAAAAGAUGAAGAUGAUAUCUGCUCAUUAGUUGCAGAAGAACGAAUGGCAUUUGGAGUAAAUCCAAAGGCUUACUCUUUCAUGACACUUUCCAAAAUACGUAAAGUUUAUAACCGCGCAGAUGCUAAAGCAAUAGGAAAACAACUUGGCAUGAGUUCACACGAGAACGCAACGCCCAUAUUAAUAAUGCAUAAUUGCGCUGGGCAUCUGAUCGGCCCAGCUCGCACUUUGGGAGGUGUCUUGGUUGGAUAUUUGGGGAUACGGAAAUUUAAUCCUUUUCCCGUGUCAAUGGCAAUGAAUUCGAUCGGAGGAUGCAGUGUUUUACUUGGAUUAGUUGCAAUGUCGCAAAACAUUGAAAGCCUUUAUGCUGCUGUUAAAACGUUAGCAUGUAUUUUGCGUACUACAAAAUCAGCACGCCAAGAAAUGAUCAAUUGUCGGUAUUAUCAAACGUUGGGAAUGUUGUUUAAACGUAAGAAACAUCUGCUCAAUUCGCACAUUUUGCAUCUCACGUUUAAUGUUGUUGGAACUAUACAUACCGGUUUUGAAAACUCCACAAUACCAAACAUAACAGCUUUUCAUGAUUUACUAUGCGACUUCGAGAUUUGGUUAGAUACGUCCAAUGAUCUAAUAAGAUCCUUGAUCGAACAUCUGUUGGAACUUGCCGAAGAAUCUAAUGCAAAAUUAAAAAAUAUUCGAGUUAUGCAGGAUUUGCAGUGUAUACCUAAACUACUGUUUAUAAUUGAGUACAUCACUGAAGAAAACGCGCUAAAUGCACUGUUUUCUUUUAUGUACACCUUACUCAACCAUCAAAUGAGAAGCAAUGAUUUAUUACUGUUUGGACAGUAUAUCCUCAAUAGUAUACCUGAAGUGAAAAAUGUUGAAGCUAAUCAACAAAUAAGUCAACGCAUAGUUAUACGUAAUCGAUGUCUGCAAACAUUGCAUAGCUUGCUUUUUGGGAAUAAUAAUGUCAUUAAUUUACGGUUAUCUGACGAGAUUUCUCGGGUACUGGGGAUGGAUUGGAUAUUGCUUUUAAUGGAACCACAUCUUCACUGUUCAACUAUGUUAUGGGCUAUGCGAUUGUUAGUCAUACUAUUAGCUCGAGAACCAAUGCUUAUUCGAUUUCGCGAUGGUACCGGAAGUAUUGAAGCAGAGGGGUAUUUAAAAAAUACCGAGAUGGUUAGCAAGUCACGAAAUGCUAUUUUGCUAUCGUCUAGCGUGCCCCAGAUGGAGGGAGAAGCUUUGGCAAAUGUUGUAACAGCCAACAGCUCUGAAAAUGCUAGUUCACAACAGUCGUUAAUACUGAUGGGCUUCCCUUAUCUUGAAUGGUUGCUGCUUCAUCGAACUGAUGUACCAGAGGUUUAUUCUUUACUAAUUUCGCUAGUGUUAGGAUGCCCUUCAAAAUCAAUCGAACUUCCAUCAGAAAGCAGAAGCCUGGAAGAAAUUUGGUCUUUUUUUUGGUUGUCAGAUAAUCCAGAUCGCAAAGUUACAAAACAAUCCUCAGACAAAUCAUUAUUCUGCCCGGAAGCUAUAUGUGUGUUACUAGCCAUGAUCAGAAAAGUAAUACAUGAUACCAACGGAGAACAAACAGAAGCUUCAAGUAGCCACGAAACAGAAGCAAAUACUACACAAAAUAUGGUCCAACGUUAUUCAACCGAUGUUAUCAAACUCCUUAUGUCAUUUUAUCAACAUAUUCCCGAGUUUGCAUCAAUUGUGAUGAGUGCUGAUGUAAUUGCAUCAAUUAUAGCUACCCUGUACCCUAUCCCAAUUUCCCCUUUGGACCCUGCAUUAUCCCAAUUAUGUAGUACAACAGGAAGCUCUUCACAUUCUCUGGCGGGUGAAAGCUUCAACGAAAAUGUGAACAGUCCUAUCACAAACAAGACUAUACCUGAAGAUACAAGCAGCAACUUUGAACGCCCACGUAGUUUUGAAUCGACCUGUUUCAAAUUUCGUAUGCCAUCAGCGCAGUAUGUGCUUAAUUUUUUAUUGACACUGGUAUCAGAAUCGUUAUCUGUUACACAUACUGCAAAAUCUCCUCCAGUGAUCGAUUGCGUAUUGGAAAUGUUUAUUCCUUAUAGCAUCAUAAGUGAAGAGCAAAGGAAGCAUUUUCUGACUAAAGUGAUAUCAUUGAUACUAAAUCACCUGUUAUCAUCAAAUGUAUUACAAACUUUAUCAGCGAAUAACUUGGCUUCAUUGAAUAAUAGUCAGUCAGUUGCUGCUAACGUUUUCUACGUAACGGCAAGAAUAGUUGAUAAACUAUGGCAACGGAUGCUUUACUUUGACGGUCGUGAGAUUCUUGAUUUCUGCAUUCACUUGAUACUGAAAGUAAAACAAUCUCAUUCUUCGACCGUUUCUAGCAGAGGGGUAAGCAGCGGUCAUAUGUGUAACAUAGGAAAUACUGGAUCGUUAGAGUCUCUUUAUCGCUCUCUCAAUCGAUGUAUAUUAUAUCUACUUGCAUAUCCGCCACGUCAUAAUGAUUCUUCUUCAUUAGUGGAGGUGCUUCAGCUUAUAAUGACCAAUCGUUUGCUCGUGUUUGGUGCUGGUAAUCAUGAUCCUGAUUUUAUCGGAUGUUUGACGUACUGCCUUUUACAGUUGAACGGCCAAUCGAAUGCAAGUGACAAAAAAUGUAUUGUUUUAACAUCAGCCCCUGCUGAUGCAUCUCGUCGCACGACAACUUGGCACGUUGAUACAUUAUUCACUCAAGAAAACGAACCAAAUAUCAAAACAAAUCCUACUGAUUUAUCAACCGUUUCUUCUAUGUCAUCUAAACUAGACAUAGUUUCUUUUCGUGUAUGGGAGGAGUUGUAUAUCUGUAAAAAACCUGUCAUAGAAGAGAUAUUCAAAGUAACUCUUGCACAACCAGCCCGCAAUUCGAGGGCACCAGAUAUGAAACAAACUGAAGCUCAAAUAUGUGAUGUAGCAUUGAAACACUGGAUGGCCUUUCUGGAAGGUGAGCGACGAUCAAUUUAUAAAGCUCCCUGGGAGGGCAACAAAAACAUUCAAUCUAAAAUACAAAAAGUUACGGGAGGCUUAACACGACUUACAAGCCGUUCUAAGCUGAAGAAAGACAAUAAUAAAAGACGAAUCAGACCGAAUGAGCUAAGUGCCGCAUCAAUUGAACAAAUUUGCUUUGCCAAACUGAUGCC